GAGCUGACCUACUCUCCCAUCCCUUCCUGUCAAUCUGCAGAACCCUGCCACUCUUUCUCUAAUGUCACACCACACGUCUCAAAUCUCAUCAUCGCAGCCUCCAGCAGAAACAACCCUCUGGGAGUUUAGGAUUGACCGCAACGUCACAUGUUACCUUCUCUCUCCUUGACUGGACCAAUAGGAGCUCGGGUCGUAGUAGGUGCACUGAGAGGAGCUGCUUUUUUCCCAUAGUAGUGGUGCAAAGUGGAAUCAUUUGCUUCUGCCUCACUGGGUGUGAAGGUCUGAUGGGACACAUCAGGAUGUAGUUUAGAUUUUGGACUUUUGUGUGAGAUUUAAACAGAAGGGGUGCAGGGAGGGGGGUACAAGUACAAGGAGAGCGGGUGAUGGGAAACAUCAACAAGGCUUCUAAAAAGAACAGUAAGAGGACGACGUCAGUGAAAUUAACUGGUUCCCCCGCUCUAAAGGGGGUUUCACCUAUAGAGAGAAGCGACGCCCAUUUGGCUGGCACGAUGCUGGGUGACCUGGGCGAUGGUGGUGAGGUGGACACAGAGGAAGACGAUGAAGACAGGAAUGAGCGGGAAUUCAAUGAGCCACUGGUCGCUCUGGUUAAGAACUGCAACAUGCUGCACAACUUAGUGGGGCCUGCUUGUGUCUUCCUUAGACAGGGCUUCGCACAAAGCCAGCUUGACAGAGAUCUGCGACCAGAGGAAAUGGAAGAGCUGCGUGAGGCCUUCAAAGAGUUUGACAAAGACAAGGACGGCUUCAUCAGCUGUAAGGACCUCGGCGAAUGCAUGAGGACGAUGGGAUACAUGCCCACAGAGAUGGAGCUCAUCGAGCUCAGCCAGCAGAUCUGUGGUGGCAGAGUGGACUUUGAGGACUUUGUGGAGCUGAUGGGUCCAAAGAUGCUUGCGGAAACUGCUGACAUGAUUGGAGUCAAAGAGCUGAGAGAUGCCUUCAAAGAGUUUGAUUCUGAUGGAGAUGGACAGAUCAGCCUUGGGGAGCUGAGAGAAGCCAUGAAGAAGUUAAUGGGGGAGCAGCUCAACCACAGAGAGAUUGACGAGAUCCUGCGAGAUGUGGACCUCAAUGGGGACGGACAGGUGGACUUCGAAGAGUUUGUGCGAAUGAUGUCUCGCUGACUCUUCACCAAAGCUCACUCUGCUGCACUAACCUCAACAAGGACUAAACUUCACAGUAGUUGUCCUGCAAAUGUUUCUUUGUUGUACAAAUGUAUUAGUGUCUCUCUUUUCUUCCCACUUACCACCAUCGUCUUUGUGUUAAGUGUAAUAUGUAAUUUUUUGUAAUGAGAGAUGACUCAGCAAUGCAAUGGUUUAACAAAGCUGUAGUCUCAUUAUUAGUUCAUUAUUUGUAUUUAAAAAGUUUGUGAAGUUAGAGAUCCUGUUCACCAAUGAUAAGGAACUCUUUGACUUGUACCAAGUACCACCUGAGAAAAUAUUGAGCUCCUCAAGUAACACCAUUAUCAC